CAGCCCCAGGCCCAGGGCUCGAGAGGGUCCCGGCAGCCGCCCCCCUGGACACGGGCCGCGGUCCGGUUCCCUGAGCCGCCGGCAUGAACCGCAAGAAGCUGCAGAAGCUGACGGACUCCUUAACUAAAAAUUGCAAGCAUUUUAAUAAAUUUGAAGUGAAAUGCCUCAUCAAUCUUUUCUAUAACUUGGUGGGUGAUGUGACAGAGCGGCAGGGUGUGGUCGUCGGGCUGGAUCGGAACGCCUUUCGGAACAUCCUGCACAUGACAUUUGGGAUGACGGACGACAUGAUCAUGGACAGAGUAUUCCGAGGGUUUGACAAAGACAAUGAUGGUUACAUAACUGUAUCAGAGUGGGUUUAUGGAUUAUCAGUAUUUCUUCGAGGAACUCUGGAAGAAAAAAUGAAAUAUUGCUUUGCCGUGUUUGACUUGAAUGGCGAUGGCUUCAUCUCGAAGGAAGAGAUGUUCCACAUGCUGAAGAAUAGCCUCCUGAAGCAGCCGUCCGAGGAGGACCCCGACGAAGGCAUCAAAGACUUGGUGGAAAUAACCCUGAGGAAAAUGGACCACGACCACGACGGGAAGCUGUCCUUCGCAGACUAUGAACGAGCUGUGCGGGAGGAGACUCUCCUGCUGGAAGCGUUUGGACCGUGUCUUCCUGACCCGAAGAGCCAAAAAGAAUUUGAAGCCCAAGUAUUCAAAGAUCCAAAUGAAUUCAAUGAGGUGUGAAUUCCUAAAUGUCUUGUUGUCUCAAGUGAGUAGAAAAGGAGGCUCAUCCGUGUUGUGUAUUUUUCCUGCUUAGCUCAGAAGGUGACGGUGAAUUGCGUGUUUGGUGAGCGGGGUCACGGCUGACUAACGUAUAUCAUUCAACUUUGGCGUAAGAUGCCAGUAACAUAGACGAAGACAAGGAGUUCCUUAUUAGCUGUGGCUGGGUUUGGCCAGACGAGUGAACACUGCAGAGACAGGUUAUCACCCAGACUGUCUGUUGACACACAACUGUCAUAAAAUGUUUGUAUGAAUGAAAUGAAUAGAGAGAGAGACUGUAUCGUCAUGAGUUAUUUUCUUCACGUCAGAAAGAUGCUGGGCACACGUUUAAAAAUCACUGAAACUCUUGCGUCUCCCUCCCACCCUCCCAAUCCCACAGGGAUAUAUGUAUAUGUA